UUAACCUACUGUGGUUCUUAGUGCUCGAGCUGCCUUCGAACCAUCCAUGUUCACCGCACAGGUGCUCGCAUCCUGCACUAUUCUUUCACAAUAAUCGUCCUUGGACGCUGGUAGCCAGAGCGUGGCGACCUAAGGGAGAGCCGCUGAUGCCAAGUGGUCUGCAAGGAGAACCGGAACUGGCCGGUUCCCUCAGGGUCGAGAAAUACUCGAAGAUCCGACUGAAAGGAUGAAGGGAUGGUUCGAUGCUUUCCGCAUUGACGGAGGGCCAACUUUAUACAGUUACAGUAAUCGUACACCUGUGACGGGUGAUGUUCCUCUGGUGAUAGUAUUUGUCAUCUUCGGCACCAUCUUCACCGCGUUCCUCGUCAUAUUUCCUGGAAUACGAAAGGAGCGUGUUAGCACGUUCCUUACGGUGACCUUGAGCCUUUUCGUCGGAGCGUCAAUCCAAGUCGCUCAGUAUGGAUCAUCCUGGCACACCAGUUCCGCGACCAUCGUCAGCACGUACAGCGCAUUCUCCAAACAGAAGACCACUGCUGAAAUAGGAGGAUACAUUGGCUUGAUGCACAUAAACAUUACGUAUAGGCUGCUACCAAGCAGCGACAAUCCAAUGGAUGAUGUAGAAUAUAACGAAAGAUUCUGGUGGAGGAGUACCGGAGAGAUGACGAGCGCGUUCAAGCAAGCAUUGAACCAGGGUGCACCGUUUCCUAUAGUUUCUCUAGCCGAAUACUUCAGCCUUCAUCAAGAAGGUUUUUCGUGGGGAAGCAAGUAUCGACAAGCUGGCUACUACGCGUCACUGAUGCUCUGGACGUCCUUUGCCUCUUGGAUCAUGAUGAAUCUGUUAUUAAUAGUCGUGCCACGAUAUGGCGCCUACGGUAUGAUCUUCACCGGGAUAUGUAUGCUCCUGACCAAUUUAAUCUACUGGGCACUUUUACCUUGCGAACCUCUCAUCGCGCACAUCGAAGGUUCCAUUCUUGCAUUUAACCUGGGAUGGAAUUAUUGGCUUGUUUUGUUAGCUGGUAUCGGAUGCAUGUUCGCUGGAGUGGUGAUUACAGCGAUAGAUAUGAUUUUUCCUCAUCAAUUCUCCACCAUAUUGGAGGUUGAUUACGAUACACCGUACGACAGGCACGUCAUCAUAGAGGAGAGUUUCGAUACAAGGAAUAUCAGGCGGAGACCUAAAAUUGAGGAUUCAUUUGGUGAUCGUAUAAUAAGUCAGUUGUCGUCGAAAUUGCAAAACAGACACGAUACCAAGGAAGAGACACAAGGUGUGAUAAAUCGAGGAUACACGUCGCACGAAUCGUCAGAGUUUCACCAUGAAUCUAACGAAGAUUCGACGAAGAGCAACUGGUCCUAUCCAUUUCCAUCGUCUUCACGUAGACCAGUUAAUGCCUGAUUUCUUUAUAAUUAUUAUUUAACAAUCUAUUGUUAGUAAAUUCUUCGAUAUAGUUUAAUAGAAGUUUACUUAAAACUGUAAACUCAGGCCCAGAACUCCUAUGGAGAAAGGAAGGGAAUAAAUAUUGAUUUAUAA